UUAUUCGCAGUUUUAGUCAAGCACAGUGCACCGAAGUGAUUCAACCAUGACACACGAAAUUCUGGUUACAAUUAAAGAAGGGCUAUUGCGUGGCAAUUUAGAGAAGACUCACAAUGGUUAUACAUAUUUUUCAUUUAUAGGCAUUCCUUACGCCAAACCGGUCGUUGGAGAUUUAAAAUUUAAAGCCCCUCAACCUCCUCAGCCUUGGGAGGGCAUUUUAGAAGCAAAUAAAGAAAAUAACCAAUGCAUUGGAAAAGAUUUUGUACACAAUUCCACUGUAGGGGACUUUGAUUGCCUAUAUUUAAACACUUACACCCCUCAACUACCCCAACAAAAUGUUCCCCUUAAGCCCGUUAUGGUUUGGAUCCAUGGUGGUGCAUUCGUUAGCGGCUCAAAAGAUCGAAUCAUGUAUGACCCUGAAUAUUUCAUGGAUAAGGAUGUUGUUGUGGUUGCAAUUAAUUACCGGCUUGGAGCUUUAGGCUUUCUAAGCUUAAAAGAUCCAAAACUAGGUGUUUCGGGUAAUGCAGGAUUAAAAGAUCAAGUAAUGGCAAUGAAAUGGGUACAGAGAAACAUUGCGGCGUUUGGGGGUGAUCCAAACAACGUAACAUUGUUUGGAGAAAGUGCCGGAGGUGCUGCUGUUUCUUAUCAAUUACUGUCUCCAAUGUCAAAGGGUUUAUUUCACAAAGCUAUUAUCCAGAGCGGAGUCGCAACUUGUUCAUGGGCAGAAGGACAUACUGAUCUUUCAAAAGAGCUUAUGAAGGCUAUGGGAAAAACAGCAUCAAGUGAAGCAGAAAUUCUUGCCAUUUUAGAAAACGCCACGAGAGACGAAUUGAUUAAUGCUCAAGAGAAAGUCCCAGAUAUUUGGAAGCCGUGCAAACAAAGGUAUUUGAGCCCAACUGUCGAGACAUCAACUAGUGAAGAGCGUUUCCUUCCGGACUCUCCGAUUAACAUUCUAAAAUCUGGAAAUUACAAUAAAGUUCCAGUUAUUAUAGGUGCAACUUCAAACGAAGGACUUCUGAUGAAUAUCAUCACAAUGCAUCUUAAAGAUGACAUAGAACCGGCGAAUGACGCUGAGUAUGCUCCAUAUUGGCUGAAUGUAUCCCAUGAAAAGGCAGUUCAGGUGGGCAAAAGAAUCAAAGAUCACUACUACACCGGCAAAAUUCCCAGUGAUGAAAACAAACAGUGCUACUACGAUUACAUCUCCGACACCUAUUUUCUUCGAGCCAUUUUCAACUUUGCCAAAACUCUAAUUGAGACAUCUAAUAAUGAUGUUUACCUUUACUACUUUGAUCAAGUCACAAACUUGAACCAAUUCAAACAAUUAUUCAAUGGAGCAAAUUAUGAGGGUGCUUGUCACGGGGAAGAUUUAUUGUACAUGUUUAAAACCGCUAUGAGUCCAGCGGUAGAUGUGAAUAGUAAGGAAUAUCUUGGUAUUCAGAGACUUACAACAUGGUUGACCAACUUCGCCAAGUGUUCUAACCCAAAUGGAUUAGAACUCAAUCCACUUUUAGGAGAAACGUGGCCAGCAGCAACGGAGAACCUGGAAUAUUUAAAUAUCGACAAUACUACCUCAGUUAAGACAAAUUUUGGGAAAAAUGUCACUGAAUUUUGGGACUCCAUUGAAGCCGAAUGUUGAACAAAGUCAGCGUUUGUUUCCAUUAUGUUAAAGCAUUUUAUUUUGCGUACAUUGUAUUCAAAUAAUUAAUUGUUUUAAAACUAAUAAACUACAUACUCUUAAAAA